AUUAUUGCACUAAUAUUUCCUUAAUUAUUUUAGUUUUUGUAUUAAAUGUGUCUUAUGUAUUAAAAGAAAUGCUAAAUUUAAAUUGUGUUAUUUGUGCUGAAAUAUUCGGAGCGUCCGAUGAUGUUCAUGUCACCAGUUGUGGACACAUGUUCCAUACAGCUUGCCUAAAUCAAUGGCUACAAAGAUCUAAAACAUGUCCGCAGUGUCGAAAUAAAUGUACUGACCGUAAUAUUAUAAGGGUUUACUUUAACUUGGCCAAUUUGGAUAUUAGUCGCAUAGAUGUUGGUUCACUGCAGGAACAGCUGGACAAUGUGCAGCUACAGUUAAAGAUGAAAGAAAAAGAAUUGCAAAAGGCCGCAGAUCACAUAAAAAGUUCCAAGGAAACACAAAAGAAGUGCAUGAAAACAAUAGCUGGCUUAGAAAAGGAUCUGCAAAGCAAAAGUUUUUUAAUACUCAACUAUGCUGAGAAGACAAAAAUGCUUGAGUCACAAGUUAAAGUAAUGGAUAACCUGCGCAAAGAAUGUAAAAGUCUCAAAGAUCAAGUAGAAGCCAUGGAUGGAGUCAAUACCCUGUUAACAUCAACCAUGAGUGAUGCUGAAAAAUUGCUCAAAAAUGAAAAUGAUCCAAAUAUUUUGUCCGUUUGGGUUGCAACUCUAAAAAGAGAAUUAAGAGUGUGUGAAACCAAAAAGUCUGAUAUGCGUGCGGUUUUAAAAACUGUGCAAAGUGAUUUGCGCAAAGAAAUUGAGCAUAAAAAAAAACAAGAAGAAAGAAUUUCUCAGCUGGAAAGUGAAAAUUAUCAGUUAUUAGAAAAGAUAAAAUGUCUAGAGGCAACAAUUAAAAAGACUACGAACAAUAAUAACAAUAAUGAUUAUGACAAAUCUCUAAAUGGUAGCAUUGGUUUAAAUACUGCUUAUAACAAUAGUGUCGAUAUUAUGUCACCACCACCAAUAACUAAAAUUAAAGAAGAGAAACGUUUAACUAUAUCGCCCACUAUAAAAGAUAAUAUUAAGAAAAUUGAAGAAUCCUCAUCUCCUUAUUUGAAUAUUAAAUCAUGUAGUGUUCUGCUGCCACCUUUAUUAAUGAAAAACCAUGAAAAUCGUAUUAGCAACAAUACAAAACCAAUGGGCAACAAACUAACAGUAUUGAAAAUUUCACCCACAAAGCCAAGAUUGGGAGCGAUACGCAAAACAAAAAGUGAUUUAAGCCUAAAGUAUUCUAUAUUGAAAAAACCCCGCCUUGAUUUAGCAUCUAGUUCGGGAACUUCUGGUUCCACUAUGAAACCCUUAGGUCCCAACUUUGUGUUCAAUGGUUUUGGUGGCUCCGAACGUGUGGAUCCUUUCGAACGUAAUGUGAACUCCGAUGAUGAUUGCCAAGUAGUUACUGAGACCAAAGAACAAGAUGAAGUGAAACAAAAGCCAACUGUACCCACAACCAGUAUACAUAGUCGUUUGAAAACUGGUGGUUUGCGUAAUUUCAAAUUAACCAAGUGAUUGUAAUUAAAUUUCCUUUCCUUUUACCCCAUCUAUAAGUUUUUUUGUUUAAAAAAGAGCUGCAUUACUUAAUGUUACUACCUCUUAAUUUAUAUAUUAGUUGUAGUUAGUAACAAAUUUAUAAGAUUCAAUGUUUAA